GAGAGAGAGAGGGUGUUCUUCUAGAGAGAGAAAGACACAUAGAUUGCUUCCCGCGUUUUACAAUGUCCAACUCUCUCUCUCUCUCUUUCUCUCUCAAUUUUCUCAUGCGUGCAAGCUAUGCUUAAAGAGUCUCCAACUCCACCACCCCCCACAUAUUCAUUGGUCCUUAACAGUUUUAAUUCUCUUUAAGCUUCUUCAUUCUUCAUUCACCUCAAGUUCUUCCACGCCUUGCUAGCUUUUUUAUUUUAUUUUAUAUAUAUUUCAUUCAAAAAAAAAACCAACCCCAUCACUUAUCUAUUUCAAUCAUUUUCUUCCUUGGUUCUAAGACUUUUCUACUUUAAUUACUUGCCCAAGUUCCUAAUUCUCUCUGGGUCUUAUCCAUUCUGGUCAGUUUCAAAGUCUUUCGAAUCUUAUGAAGGUCUUUUGUGGUGAUAAAGUUGCCAACCUACUGUGAAGGUCCUGUGUAUCAAGUCUACAAAUUUUUAUAGUUUGGUGAAUUGGGUUUGUUCUAAUCUGAAUACAUAUUGUAUUUAUUAGAAGGAAAGCUGGGGUAGGAUUAAAAUAUCUCAUCAUAUAUCUUUUCAUAGAACUGCACUCGAAAUUGGAUUUUUAUUUUCUCUCUUGCCAAGGAAUUUGUUUGAUAAGUUCAUGUCUUUUACAUAGAAGUUUCGCUCCUGCAAAGAAAGAAAGCUUUAAGCUGAAGGUAUGGGAGGCCAUAUGAGCAAGAAGACCCCUGAAACAUCCUCUGCUAUCAAUCUCAAUACCAGCUUACAGUACACAACCGAAUUGAAUUCUUAUGAAGCUGCUUGCAGGCUUGAUGCAGACUUGCAGUCCUUUGACACCACCCUCCAAGAACGUACUAACCAAGUCAUCAACACUCUUGCAGUUGGGGUUGAAGUUCGAGCCCUUUCCUUUGAUUCUUUGAAGGAAGUCACAGAAUGUCUCUUGGAAAUGAACCAAGAGGUUGUUAAAGUUAUCUUGGAAUGCAAGAAAGAUAUUUGGAAGAAUCCAGAACUGUUUAAGCUUGUGGAGGAGUACUUUGAGAAUAGCUUGAAAACUCUAGAUUUCUGUACAGCAUUGGACAAGUGCCUAAAGCGAGCUCGGGAUAGCCAAUUGCUUAUUCUUGUCGCACUUCAACAAUUUGAGGAGGAAACUGAAUUGGGAGGGAAUAGGUAUGUGAAGACUUUGCAGGAGUUGAAGAAUUUCAAGGCUGCUGGUGACCCUUUCACUCUAGAAUUCUUCCAAAUCUUUGAGUCUGUGUAUAAGCAGCAGAUGCUAAUGCUUGAGAAGUUGCAACUGCAAAAGAAUAAGCUUGAUAAAAAGCUUAAGUCCAUUCAUGCUUGGAGGAAGGUUUCAAGUAUAAUAUUUGUUGCUACCUUCACUGCUGUGUUGAUUUGCUCAGUUGUAGCUGCAGCUAUGGCUGCUCCACCUGUUGCAGCGGCUUUGGCUGCCGCUACUUCUAUCCCAGUUGGCUCAAUGGGAAAGUGGAUUGACUCUUUGUGGAAGAACUAUGAAGAUGCUUUGAGAAAACAGAAGGAUGUAAUUAGCUCAAUGCAAGUUGGUACCUAUGUUGCCAUUAAGGACUUGGACAAUAUCCGAGUUCUCAUUGACCGGUUGGAAAUUGAGAUUGAGACACUUCUGCAGAGUGCAGAUUUUGCCAUUGAAGAAGAUGCUGUGAAGAUUGCAAUACAAGAGAUUAAGAAGAAGUUGGGAGCGUUUAUGAAAAAUGUUGAGGAUUUGGGGGUGCAAGCUGAUAUUUGCAGCCGGGACAUUCGGAGGGCAAGAACUGUGGUUUUGCAAAGGAUCAUAAAACAUCCCAACAACUAAAUAUGAUCCUUGGUGCACUUUCUGCCUGCUGGUGAUUGCUUUUAUGUUAGAAAACUGUUUGAUACAUUUUAUGUUUCGUGACAAUGAUAAUGAUGAUAUAUUCCUUCAUUCUUAUAGAUUGUAUCAUGAAUCCAUGCGAUUGGAUUCGUGUUCAAGACAUUAAUUUCUUUCUGGUAUUGAAUUUCUUUUUCUUUUUCUUUUUUAA